UACACUACAGUACACAUGAUUUAAAUGACUUGUCUAUUAUUAGUUUAAUUGUUGUGGUCGGAACUUGGAAUGUAAACUUCUCGAUAAACUCUUCUGAAAAGGCAACGCAUGGUGACCAUUGAACUCUUGAUAAGAAGAGUAAGAUGGAAAACUUGUGCAGUGCUUCACAACAACUUUCAAAAGAUAAAAGUUGUGAAGACUCUAACAAUGAUCAUCUAGAAACUACAGAAGCUAUUAUAGAUGAUACUACAAUAAGUCUGAAUUCUUCUGAUUUCAUACAUCCUAGCCCAGUUCAGGAACCAAACCAAGAUAUCCAAGAAAUAAGGGAUAUCAUCCUGACAGAUCAGAAUUCUACCCUGGUUAAAGGAAGCCCAAGCAGUUUCAAAGUUCUUGAUCAGGAUCCUAAUCAGGACCCUAAUCUUGAUUUGGAUCUUACACAGGACCUUGAACACAAGCUGGAUUUAAGCCUGGAACAAGAGCUAAACCAGGAUUUGGAAAAGAACGACAUUGCGACUCUAAAUAUUGCCAUAAAAAAUGGUAGCACAAUCGCUUGCUUCACCGAUAAAUCAAAAACUACACUGACCGAUAAGUCAAAACCUGCCUUGAUAAUAAACUCCAAGCAGAUCUCGGAUAAUCUCCUUAAUCCCAAAAACUCCAAGCAGAUCUCAGAUAUCAACCUGAAUCCCGAAAACUCUAACGAGAUCUCAGAUAUUGGUCUGAACCCUGAAAAAUCUAAGGAGAUCUCAGAUAUUGGUCUGAACCCUGAAAAAUCUAAGGAGAUCUCAGAUGUUGGUCUGAACCUUGAAAAAUCUAAGGAGAUCUCAGAUGUUGGCCUGAAUUCUGGCAUCUGUAAGAUUGACCAUGAUCCAGCAAAACCUCUGAAGACUCUAGCAGAAGAGCAGGAAGAUUCUGUGUCUUCUGAGCAGCUUUUGAAGAUGGCAUCUACAAGUAUGUGCAAAUCAUGGAAACUUUUUGGAGUUGAGUUUGCUCCUCUUCUAGUACCCUUAGAAAGAAGAAUUCAGACGUUAUCAGUGGUUAUAUGGUUUGGCAUGGCUAUUCUCCUGGGAACUGUAUCCACACUGGUUCUUGGAUACAUGACUCUGUUCACCAGCUGGUGGUGGAUAGCCUUAGCUUAUUUUACCUGGAUGAUAGUGGAUCGGAAAUGUCAGGAGCAAGGAGGGAGAUCAGAUUGGAUCAAGGAUUGGGUGAGAAACUGGUCUUUGUGGAGACAUUACGUUAACUAUUUCCCAAUCAGAUUGAUAAAAACUGUAGAGUUGGAUCCUAGUAAGAAUUAUAUAUUCGGUUCACAUCCACAUGGUCUUCUAGCCUCAGGCACAUUUGGAGCUUUAGCCACUGAAGGAGCCGGAGCAAGCAAAUUGUUCCCAGGGUUCAAGAUAAAUGUGCAUACCUUGGGUCUAAACUUCUGGUUUCCAAUAAACAGAGAAUGGAUUCUUGGAUUGGGAGGAGUAAGUGCUGGUAGAGAAUCCAUAUCCUACCUACUCAGGAAACCAGGUAUAAUCCGGGUAAUAUCCGGCCGGGUUGUGUUAGGGGACUAAUCAGGUAAUACCCUG